ACAAUCUCCUAACAAAGGUCAUGAGGCACCUGAACACCAUCAUGGCAGACUCUCCGGGUCUCAUCACCAUCUUCCUUCUGGGAUAUCUACUCAGCACUGAAUGUGCAGUUUUUCUUGAUCGCAAAAAUGCCACCAAAAUUCUUACCCGUCCAAAGAGAUAUAACUCAGGGAAACUGGAAGAGUUUGUUCAGGGAAACCUUGAGAGAGAGUGCAUAGAAGAAAGAUGCAGUUUUGAAGAAGCACGAGAAGUUUUUGAAAACACUGAAAAAACUACUGAAUUUUGGAAGCAGUAUGUUGAUGGAGAUCAGUGUGAGUCAAAUCCUUGCUUAAAUGGUGGAAUAUGCAAGGAUGAUAUUAAUUCCUAUGAAUGUUGGUGCCAAGCUGGAUUUGAAGGAAGGAACUGUGAAUUAGAUGCAACAUGUAGCAUUAAAAAUGGCAGGUGUAAGCAGUUUUGUAAAAACAGCCCUGACAACAAGAUAAUUUGUUCCUGCACUGAGGGAUACCAACUUGCAGAAGACCAGAAGUCCUGUGAACCAGCAGUUCCAUUCCCAUGUGGAAGAGUUUCUGUUGCCUACAAUUCUAAAAAGAUCACCCGUGCUGAGACUGUUUUUUCUAAUACCGACUAUGGAAAUUCUACUGAAUUAAUCCUGGAUGACAUCACCAACAGCACCGUUCUUGAUAACGUCACUGAAAAUAGUGAACCAAUUAAUGACUUCACUCGAGUUGUUGGUGGAGAAAAUGCGAAACCAGGUCAAAUCCCUUGGCAGGUCAUUCUAAAUGGUGAAAUUGAGGCAUUCUGUGGAGGCGCCAUCAUUAAUGAAAAAUGGAUUGUAACUGCUGCCCACUGUCUUAAACCUGGUGAUAAAAUUGAGGUUGUUGCUGGUGAACAUAAUAUUGAUGAGAAGGAAGACACAGAACAAAGGAGAAAUGUGAUUCGAACUAUCCCUCAUCACCAGUACAAUGCAACUAUUAAUAAGUAUAGUCAUGACAUUGCCUUGCUGGAACUGGAUAAACCUUUAAUACUAAACAGCUAUGUAACACCUAUCUGUGUUGCCAAUAAGGAAUAUACAAAUAUCUUCCUCAAGUUUGGUUCUGGCUAUGUGAGUGGCUGGGGGAAAGUCUUCAACAAAGGGAGACAGGCUUCCAUUCUUCAGUACCUUAGAGUUCCACUGGUUGACCGAGCCACAUGCCUUAGGUCCACAAAAUUCAGCAUCUAUAACAACAUGUUCUGUGCAGGUUACCGUGAAGGAGGCAAAGAUUCAUGUGAAGGAGAUAGUGGAGGACCCCACGUUACUGAAGUAGAAGGGACAAGUUUCUUAACUGGCAUUAUUAGCUGGGGUGAAGAAUGUGCAAUGAAAGGCAAAUAUGGAAUAUAUACUAAGGUUUCCAGGUAUGUCAACUGGAUUAAGGAAAAAACAAAAAGCUAACUUAAUGAAAACCAAUUUCAAUGGCAAUUCGCUGGGAUUGAAAAUGGAUGAUUCCUUUUAACUAGUGUUUCCACUGUUUGUUAAACUUAAAUACAUAUGCUCUAUAAAUACUGAUUUUUCUCUGUGCAGGGGACAAGCCCAUCUAGGAUCUAUAUUGUACUAGAUUAAGUAGGUUAGCAAAUAUAAUCACUAAAGAAAUACUUUAGUAAGAGAUUAACCAUUUCUGCAAGCCCAGUCCUUAUUAAAAUUAGAAACUGUAGCUCCCCAUGUUGCCCAUAAGACAUGAUGGUUCUUGAUGUAGAGAUGUACCCAAUUCUCCUUCCUUGGUAUCAAUUCAUAUUUUAGAUCUUCCUCACCUUUCUCAAAUUUAUUGGUUUUCUGUCCAGAAUCUUUAGCUCAUUUAAGGCCAGAAGAAAACAGAAACAACUGAUACAUUAAAACUCAUCAAAAGCAUGACUUCCUCUCUUGAUUUUCCAGAAUCCUGUAUCUUUUUCAACUCCCAAUCCACAAAUCACUGUCCCGUUCAUCAUUCUCACCCUCUAGUUCUCCAUCAGCUUUGAAAGAGGAAGAGGUGUGAGUUCCAGGACAGUCAGGACUACAGAGAAAUCUUGUCU